AUGUCGUCUUACAUUUACAGAGAACGCGAGCGAGAUCGCGAGUGGGACGAGCCUCGUUCCUCCAGUGUAUCAAUCAAGCGUUACGUCAUACCUUCAGAGGAGGAUCGAGAGCGUGAUAUUGUCUACCGUCGCGAAGACCCCGUCACCGGUGAUCGAGAAUUGGUAAUCCGCCGCUCUACCGAGCGAGAAGAACCCGUCAUGGUGCAACGUUACGAGCGAGAGGUCGACUAUGACACGCGCCCGUACGACUACCGCUCCGAAAGAGACUACUAUGAUGGUGCGUACCAAUGUACGAGUGUAGGUCGAGUAAAUCUGACUGACCCUAUUUAUGUAGCGCGAGGGCCCCUCGUCGUUCACCCCCGUGAAUCCGACUACGAGGUUGUCCACCGCUCCGAGGUAGAACGGGAGCCGGCUUACUACUAUCAUCGCCGGGUCCGCGAAUAUGAUGAUGACCGUCGCCUCCGCCGCGAGCUUAGUCCUGGCGACUCCAUCUCUCAGACCAGUCGUCGUCGGGACGACCAAGACUACAGCAGUGAUGAUAGCAUGGUCUAUAUUCGCAAAGAGACCCGUGAAUACGACGAUCACCCCCAUCAUCGACGCCACCUUGCGGAGGGUGCGUUGGUCGGUAUCGGCGCUGCAGAACUGAUUCGCAAUCGUCGAAAGAAGGAAGGUGAUGACGUGUCUUCGGGCCUCAGCCGUCUCGGUCACGACGUGGGUGCCGGCGCCUUGGGUGCUGUUGCCGUGAGUGCUGCUUCACGUGCUCGCGACUACUACCGCAGUAAGAGCCGUCACCGCUCCCACUCCUAUGAUGAUGAGCGCAGCUCCCGUCACAAUCACCAUCAUCACUACAGCCACAGCCAUAGCCAUAGCCGCCACAGCCGCCACAGCCGUCGCAGCCGUAGUCGCAGCCGUAGUCGCAGCCGCUCGCACUCGCACUCUCGUGCCAAGACGCUGACGGAGAUCGGCCUUGGUGCCGCUGCCAUUGCCGGUGCCAUGGCUCUGGCUCGUAAGAAGUCGACGAGCGACAGACGAAGCCGCUCCCGGCACCGCCGGUCCUCCAGUGCCGUCCGACCCGGAAACGACGCCGAGAGUGAGAAACGCAGCCAAUCCCGGAUUCGGAAACAUAUGGCCGAAGCUGGCUUGGCGGGUGCCGCAGUGGCCGGUCUGGUCGAGAGAGCUCGCAGCCGGUCGCGCUCUCGAAAGGGCUCUCGUUCUCACAGCCGACUCAGACAGGCGCUUCCUGUCGUUGCGGCCGGGUUGGGAACCGCAGCCGUCACCGGCCUGUACGAAAAGAAUAAGGAGAAGAAGAAGAAGGAGGAGGAGGAGGAGGAGGAAGAGGGCGGAAAGCGGAGGGAGCGACGUCGUUCCAGAUCUCGAAGCAGGGCCCCGUCCGAGGCCUACUCAGAUCCCGCCCACGAUCCGGCUGGUCUGAUCGAGUACGGCCAACAUCCGGUUACCGGAAGCAUCCCUGCAGCCCAUUACUAUGGCCGGCCUGCCAGUCAACAGGGUUACUACUCGGAUGCUUCUGACCGAGUAGCCCGGGACGCAGCAGGAUUCCGUGGUCGCGGUCGCAGUCGCAGUCGCAGCCGAGGCGGCAGGUAUAGCACGAGCUCCUCGGAUACCGACAGAGACGGCCAUCGUCGCCGAAGCAGCCGGCGCCGCAAGCACCGAAGCCGUUCUCGUGAAUUGGCCGAAGCCGCUUUGGCUGCCACUGGAGUCGGCUAUGCCGCUCAUAAGUACAAGCAGAGCAGGGAUCGCAAGAAGGAAGAGAGAGAACGGUCAAAGUACGACGAUGACUCGUACCCUUCAUCGUACCCUUCGGACCUUCCAUACCCGCCGUCGCCCCUGCCACCGACACAGCCGGGAGAGCAUCCUUACUAUCCCAACUCCAACUACUUCCCUCCACCUCCUGGCUCUACACCAGCUCCCCCUGCUCCCGCCGCGCCAUACAAUCCGGCCGAUUACCCUCCUCCACCAGGCGCAGUCCCUCCAGCGCAACCUUACGGUUAUCCCCCCGAGCCAGGACCGGACCGGUACGCACCCCGGCCCCGGAGGGCGGACGAGAAUGUGAGUGCUGCAUGGAACUCUCCCCCUUCUGCUGCCCAGUAUCCCAUGCAUGAUGGUGUAGAGAAACCUCCGUCACCGCUGAGAACACCGCGUCCGCGGACCCCCCGAGAUCGCGCACGCGCAGCCAGCCAACCCCCUCAGCCCAAGUCUGUUGCCUUUGACCUCAAUGCGGAGGAGCGUCCAAUCGACCCUGGUUAUGAAACGGACGAUAGCGACACAACUAUCGACUCUUUGACUCCUCAUCAUCAUCGUGAUUGUCAUCGCUCCUCCGACACCUCGUUUGCCCACCGGCGCCGCCACUCUUCCUCCGAUCCCUACUUUACCCCCCGCAAACCCCAAUUUCAACCCAGCUCGUCCCAAGCAAAGAUUGAUCGUCCCGGUCACUCCAAGGACAAGGGUACUACCGAUCUGCAGGAGCCGGAUUCCGACUCCACCAUCGACCUACCUGAUCGGUUCGACUCGCAUGGCCGACUGCUUCCAGAGCGGGACAAUGAUCCGCUGGUAGAUGGGCUGGAGAAAUUACUCCGUGGGAUCAAUCGCGUGUUUGUCUAG